GCAAGUUCGUUGGUGUUAAUUGAAUUGAAUGAAGUAUAUGUCAUCAUCCUUGAAAUUUAUCUUCGUAUUUUAAAACGCUUUUCAGUUUUCACACUUUCUUUCUCUCGAAUCGCUCUCCUGUUCUUAACCUUGUGUUCUCAAUUUUCAAUCCCUUCUUCCUCCUUUGUUUCUCUCUUGUUCUUUACCUGAACCACAUUGUUAAACAGCCUCUUCUCUUCUGAAAAUAGCAAAAAUUCCACUUAUUUUUGCUCCAAAGUCAUCUCAGAGGCUGCUGGAGGAGAAAUUCAUCUCACUUCUGCAGUUAUGUAAGCACCCAAAGCAUCUCCCGCAGAUUCAAGCGCAGAUAACCAGUCAUGGCCUUGUACACAACUACUACGUGGCGCCCCGGUUUGUCUUGGCGUGCGCCGAACUGAAGAGGAUGGAUCACGCACGUAAGAUGUUCGACGAAAUUCCCGUUCCGGAUGUAGCAUUAUGGAAUGCCAUGUUCAGAGGGUAUGUCCGGAACGAGCUCUUCGGGGAAGUUUUAAACUUGUUUGGUCGAAUGAGUAGCUUGGAUGUAAGACCCAAUUGCUUCACGUUUCCUAUGGUGUUAAAAUCUUGUGCGAAGUUGCCGGCUCUGCAAGUGGGGCAAAGAGUGCAUUGUUUUCUUUUGAAGAUCGGUUUCAAGUCUAAUCCGUUUAUUGGAACCACUUUGAUUGAUAUGUAUUCCAGUGGUUCGGCAGUUGGUUCUGCUUACAAAGUUUUCUGUGAAAUGGUUGUGAGGAAUGUUGUUGCAUGGACUUCAAUGGUUAAUGGAUAUAUUUCUUAUGGAGAUUUAGUUUCUGCAAGGAACCUUUUUGACUUGGCACCAGAGCGUGAUAUUGUAUUAUGGAACACUAUGGUAUCAGGCUAUAUUGAUUGUGGGGAUAUGGUUGCAGCUAGGAGGCUCUUCGAUGAGAUGCCGAUGAACCGGGAUUUGAUGUCCUGGAAUACUUUGUUACACGGUUAUGCUAACAAUGGGGACGUUGAGGAGUGUGAGAAAUUGUUUGAGGAGAUGCCUGAUAGAAAUAUAUUUUCUUGGAAUGGACUGAUUGGGGGGUAUGCCCGUAAUGGCCGUUUCUUUGAGGUUUUGAGUAGUUUUAAGAGUAUGCUAAGGGAGUCCGACGUGUCUCCUAAUGAUGCCACGCUUGUGACUGUGUUGUCUGCCUGUGCCAGACUAGGAGCUCUUGACUUGGGUAAGUGGGUGCAUGUAUACGCAGAGAACAAUGGGUAUAAAGACAACAUUUUUGUUAGAAAUGUUUUAAUUGAUAUGUAUGCAAAAUGUGGCAGUAUAGAUAUUGCGAUUAACAUGUUUAAGAACAUGGUUGCAAAGGAUUUAAUAUCUUGGAACACCAUAAUAAAUGGCUUAGCAAUGCACGGGCAUGGUGCUGAUGCUUUAAGCUUGUUUUCUCAGAUGAAGAACACUGCAGAAAAGCCUGAUGCUGUCACUUUUUUAGGCAUUUUAUGUGCAUGUUCUCAUAUGCGUUUGGUAGAAGAUGGAUUUUCCUAUUUUAAUUCAAUGAUUAAUGAAUACUCAAUCACUCCUCAGAUUGAACAUUAUGGUUGUAUGGUUGAUCUGUUGGCUCGAGCCGGUCUUUUAGACCAGGCUAUUCUUUUUGUGAAGAGAAUGCCCAUGGAAGCAGAUGGUGUUAUUUGGACUGCGUUGCUAGGGGGGUGUAAGAACUACAAAAACAUCAAAUUGGCUGAACUGGCUCUUCAAAAGCUUAUAGAGCUUGAACCAAAAAACCCUGCAAACUAUGUUAUGCUUUCUAAUAUAUAUGGAGAUGCCAGGAGAUGGGAAGAUGUGGCGCGCUUAAAAGUUGCCAUGAGGGAUACUGGAUCUAAAAAAUUGCCAGGUUGUAGUUUGAUUGAGGUUGAUGUUGGGGUGGUUGAGUUCUACUCCUUGGAUGAGCGGCAUCCUAAGAAAGAGGAGAUAUAUGCAGCCUUGAAAGGAUUGACAGAGCUCUUAAGAUUAUGUGGAUAUAUUCCGGACUUUUUGGAGCUUGGAUCUGCAAUUUAAAGAAAGAAAGAGAUUAACCAGGGAUAAAAUAUGCAUUAGCUCUGGGAGGGGUUAGACAGGAGGCUAAAGUUUGUUUCCAAAGUAUUUGCAUAGAGUGGUUGAUUUCAGGAUCAAAUCAACAUUCUCCUGCCGGGCAGGCAUUUUCUAUUGUUGGUAAAGAUUCAUGCAUACACCUCUAGGGUUGGUAUCCCAUAUUGCUUAAAAGGGAUUGGUUUGUCUGAGGAACUUUGCAUUCGAGUCUAAUGAGCAGCUUCUCCUCCCUCUGUGGCCUGGUUGUGCAUGCCACAAGGUCCAUGGCGUACCCCCAAGCCCUAGCUGAUAUUCAUUUGGGUAGGCACCUGAAUGGCCUCACCGGGUUCCCACAUUCUUGGCUUUCCCCAUUACUUACUCUGCAAAACAAGAUUAAUGCAUACAACACUGAGGCUGCUUUGCUGAUCAGGGACACAGUUGAGUUUCCAGUGUGUAAGUAUUGAGCUGGACUGAUGGAUAUAUCCUUAAAAGCCCACUAGGAUCAAUUAAAUGAGUUACUCAAGAAUGAUACGAGAACAAUGUAAUUUGAUAAAUAAAUCACUACUUCAUGCCCAAAGGGUGGUGGCCAUUGAUUAUAGUUGAGAUUACAGGUUUGCAUUUUGUCUUAAGGAAUGUGCCAUGGAAUAAAAUUUCUAGACACUGGUUUG